AUGGCAUCAAUUGUUAUGAAAUCCCAACAUUCACUUGGUUAUCCAAAUAUAGGCAAUAUUAAUAGAUCAGAUUAUGAUUCUUAUGAACAACAAUACAAUAAUCCAACAGGAUCAAAACAAUAUAAUAAUAAUAAUAAUAAUAACACAAAUACAAAUGAAAUAAAUAAUGGGACGAAUACAAAUUUAAAUCCAAACAAUAUGUAUGGAAUGUAUAAUAAUAAUAAUAAUAAUAAUAAUAAUAAUAAUAAUAAUAAUAAUAAUAAUAAUAAUAAUAAUAAUAGUAAUAACAAUAACAAUAAUAAUAAUAAUAAUAAUAUUAAUAAUAAUAAUAAUAAUAAUAAUAAUAAUAAUAAUAAUAAUAAUAAUAAUAAUCAACAUCUUUCACAAUCCCAACAAUUAUCACCAACACCAUAUUCAAGUAAUAGUUUUUCAAAACUUUUAUCAAGAUCAACAAAUGAUUUAAUGUUGGAUCAAGAUGAUCCAUCAAAAAAGAAAAGAAAGAGAACAUCACCAGACCAACUUAAAUUACUGGAGAAAAUUUUCAUGGCUCAUCAACAUCCAAAUCUUAAUCUUAGAAGUCAAUUGGCCGUUGAAUUACAUAUGACUGCUAGAUCCGUUCAAAUUUGGUUCCAAAAUCGUAGAGCUAAAGCCAGAAAUAUGGAAUUUAAACCACAAUUAUCACAUGGUGGCUCUGAUUUAAUCUAUAAUGCAUUGGGUUCACAAAAUGGUAUGAAUUCAAUGGGUGGUGGUGGUGGUAAUGGUGGUGGUAAUGGUGGUGGUGGAAUGAAUGGUAUUAAUAAUAUAUUAAAUGGAAAUCAUAAUAGAAAUCUAAAUAAAUAUAUACCACAUGGUGGUAAUUCAAUUAAUGGUAAUAUGGGUGGUGGUGGUGGUGGCGGUGGUGGUUCACAUAAUCAUCAUCACCAUAAUCAUAAUCAUAAUCAUCACAAUCACAAUCAUAAUCAUAAUCAUAAUCAACCAUUAAGUAAUGGUGAUUGUGGUGAAAAGUUUUCAGUUGCAUCUGCUUGGAAUAAAAUAUUAUUACAUCCAAAUAAUAUUGAUUUCUUAAUUCGUUAUAAUCCAGACGAUCCAAACUCAAUUGAUGUUAAUGCACGUGAUAGUAAAGGUUUAUCAUUACUCUUUACAGCAGCAUUCUUGGGCUAUGAAUAUCAAGUUAGAAGAUUAAUUGAAAGUGGUGCAAAUCCAAAUAUCAAAGAUAACCAAGGUAAUACACCAUUAAUUGCCGCAUCAGUUUUGGGUAAUCAACCAAUUGUUGAACUCUUAUUAGAACAUAGAGCCGACCCAAAUCUAGUGAAUGACGAGGGUGUUUCUCCAUUGUUUUCAGCUUGCAAAGGUGGCCAUCUUCAAAUUGCUUCAUCAUUAUUGGAUCAUGAUGCUGAAGUAUCUGUAAAAACAAAAAUAAAUGGCGAGACACCAUUACACAUUGCCUCAUUGAAAGGUUUCGAGAAAAUUUGUAAACUUUUAAUUGAAACCGAAGCAAAGGCCUCUGUCAUUGAUUCAAACAAUCGUACACCACUCCAUCAUGCUUGUAUCAUGGGUUAUUUCUCAAUUGCCAAGCUUUUAAUUUGUAAUGGUGCCGAUAUGAAUGCCAUUGACAUUGAUGGUCAUACACCAUUACACACUUCAUCCCUAAUGGGUCAUGAUCUUAUCACUCGUUUACUCUUGGAAAAUGGUGCUGAUCCAAAUAUUCAAGAUUCUGAAGGUUAUACACCAAUUCAUUAUGCUGUUAGAGAAUCUAGAAUUGAAACUGUUAAAUUCUUAAUUAAAUUUAAUUCAAAAUUAAAUAUAAAGACAAAGAAUGGUCAAAAUUUAAUUCAUUUAUCAGUACAAUUUGCAAGUUUAAUGAUGGGACAAAUGAUAUUUGAAAGUAAGGGAUGUGAAAUUGCUGCUGAUGAUUCCGAUGACCAAGGUUACACUCCAUUAUAUUUAGCAGCCAAAGCUGGAAAAACAAAUUUUGUAAAAUAUCUAUUAUCAAAAGGUGCUUCAAAGAAAAUUGCUUUAGAAAAAUUAAUUCAAGAAAAUCAAGAUAAAGAAAUUAUACAAAUGUUAGAAUCAACUGUAACUAAAUCGUCAAAUAAUAAUAAUAGUAAUAGUAAUAUAAAUAAUAUAAAUAAUAUAAAUAAUAUAAAUAAUAUAAAUAGUCAACCAAAUACAAAUAGCGAUAAUAAUAAUAAUAAUAAUAAUAAUAACUUUAAUGAAAAUUAUUCCAAUGGAAAUAACGAACAAUCACAACCACCAGGUAAUAAAUUUGAGGAAGAUGAUGAAGAUGACUUUUAUGAUAGAGUUUAUAAGAAAUCAUAUACAAAUAGAAUCAUUAGUAAUUCUUUUUCAUAUCAACAAAAACUUAAUAGUGGAAAUGGAAUUUCCGUAAACAGUGGUAAUUUGGAAGAUUAG